AUGCGUAUUCAUUGUGAGGAUAUUGAGCAACGAAUUUCUCAUGUCACAGAUCCUAAACGAACAUUCAUUGAUUUAUAUAAUAGUGUCAAAGGUUCUGCAGCAACACGUGAAACACGAAUGGAAGUUGUUGCUUGGAUAGCUGUUUGUAGAUUUGAUUGUAAAUUAGAAGGUGGUUUCGUUCGAGAUUGGAUUGUUGGGAAAUAUACAACGCAUCCAAACAGUGAAGAUCCGAACGAUUGGAUUGAAUAUAAUAUAAAUUAUAAUCAUGAACAGAUUCCUUCAAUGAAUAAAAACGUUGUUCCAGCUGAUUUAGAUUGUCAUUUACCUACACAUGCUCGUUUUGAUAUUGACAGAUUUCAAGAUGAACUUUUUAAAUUUGGCAUAAUUUGCAGAUCAUAUCGAGAAAAAUGGAGAUAUAUUUUAUUCGUCGAUGAAAAUACUCGAACGGGACCAUUUACUAUGAAUUUGAUUGAACCACAUGUUACACUAACGCACGAUCGUAUUGAUUUUGAUGUUAGUAAUUUGGUGUUAGAAAAAAAUUAUACACGUGAUUUAGGAAUGCGAAUUGACAUUCAACAAAAACCCUAUUCAAUUGAACUAGAAACCGUUGUUGAUAAUAUAAUAAAUGUGGAAACUUCGGAUUUCAUCCGAGAGUUAUGUGUACUGCAAAAAGUGCAUGCGACAUAUGAGCCAUUCUAG